CACCUCCUUCACCCAUCAAACAUCAAAAACACUAUGAGUUCCGUUUCAAGGAUAAUCUUGGCCGUCCGUCCUACACUCACAUCCUCCGCAAGGACAUAUUCCACAGCAGUAACGUCGGAGGCAUCAACAGCAUCAUUAGCAACAGGACACUACAAGGUCACACGAACCCGCUCUCUGAUCGGUGUGCCAAAGUCGACCAUCAAAGUCCUCAAGUCACUCGGACUCGGCCGCAAGAUUGGUCGUCCAGUCUUCCAGCCCCACGAUCCCUCGGCUGCAGGAAAGAUCUUGAAGGUCAAGGAAUUGGUCAAGGUCGAGAAUAUGUCCGGACCGGUUCCUGCAGAGGGAUACCAGCGCACGCGCGCUACCAAGGGCUACAAGGUUGUCGGAAAGAUGUAAAAGUCGGGAUGACAUCACGGAAAACAUAAGCCUGCAGGAAGCGCAUUUGGAGGGAAGGGAAGAGGAGGAGAGGAAUAUCGACAUUGGAUAGUCGCUAUUAAACAGCAAAACAAAAUAAAAACAGCUGGACUCGAAGCAUAGGGUUAAGAACUAUUGCAC